GAAGACGGCGAAGGUUUAGUUCGCACUGAACGAACCUCCCUGCUAUGCGAUACAGCAGCACGUCUUACUUUAAUAUAAAUUAAUUUAAUUAAUAUAUUUAAAAAAAAUCGAAAAUAUUUUAUUAUUUUAAAAAUUAAUAUUCGAAGUUUUAAAUAUUAAACAUUAAUUGUAGUAUUUGUUUAAUUAGAUUUAAGUGUACUCGUAUAUACGUACGGACAAUAAUCGUAGCUUUCCGUUGGUGUGAUAUUACCAUGGGACCCAAAAAAAUGCAUGGUGGCGAUUUUUGAUAUCAUAAACAUUUCAUACGAGGCUGGCUCUCAUUUGAUCACUGAAUCAUAGACGCACUUGCAACUGCAACAUGGACGCUAACGGACUACAUUAUGGCUGUAUAAACAGCUGUUUAUCUUGCCUUAGGCGUAUUUUUGUAAGUUGCAGAUAUGACUGGCCAUCGGUGGUUCAUGCACCGCCACAAACUGAAAUGACGCCACCACAACUGGUGACUUCACCACCUCGUCUAACUUCACCGCCACCAUCUCCACCAUUGCCACCUUCGGCACCACCGUCGACGCCAUCAAACUCGCCUGAACGUCCGAAGCAGCGCAGAUGCCGCUGCACGCCAUGUGUUCAUACUCGUGCUGCUCUUCUGUUUAGUUCUUAUUAAUUAUACCUAUAUAAGGACGUAGUUAGGUUCGGAUAGAGGAGCUUCCAAACGAAGUAUGCUUAGCUUAGCUAAGCUUACAAUUGCAAUUUAGGCAACAUUUUUAUAUUUUAACAUAAUUUAUUAUUUUAGUCGUUAGAUGUUUUCAGGCUAACGAUUUUUAAAUCUCAUUUUUUAUUCUUAUCUAGACGACCAAGUGAAGUUCGUCGAACGAACGCCAUCGAUUUAAAAUUUUUUUUUGUUAAUUUAGCAGAUUUUAUCGAUUGUUUUUUCUUUUAAACCAUUCUUUUAAAAAAUAAUUAUUUAAAUCAGCUGUUUUCGAAUUUUAAUGAAACUGAUGAUCGCGGGAAUUGAUUUAUUGAUAUAUAGGUUGGCAAUAUAGGUUUUAAAAAUUACCGGCCCCAUCUAUCCACCCAUAUAUAUACACCUAUCUACGCUCCUGGUUAUAUGUAGCAACUACAUACUCAUUACUAAUAAGAUAUAUCAUAGCUUUAUUAAUAACUAAUAGAUUUACUAUUAAAAAAGAAAAAAAUUAUGUGCUUUUAUCUGAUAAGUAUUACUACUUAGUUACAUAGUA